CAACCUCGUCAUUUUGGGAGGUCUUUGCCUCACUUGGUAAUGCCCACCAAAGGCAUAUGCCGGUUUUCUCAUUUCCAGUUUCCGAGGACUAAAAUUGACUGAAAUCCAUCGCUAACGGGUAUUUUGAUGCAAAUUAUCGCAUUAGGAACCCUGGCCAACCAAAGAACUGUUCCAACUCCCACUCAACCAGAGAGAAGUAUAGGUCUGCUAGCACUAUUACUUCUUUGUAUCUACCUAGCAGACCUCGGCAAGCAAGUCUCCGGCGAGUAGGGGGAAAAGGAGAAAGAGAACGGAGGGAACUUGGUUCCCUCCUGAGGGAAUUGAACCGCGUCUUUCUCCUCUCCCGUUUCUCUCUUCCUCCUUCUAUCCUUUUGGAACAGAGAAGGUGGUUGGAACACACGGCAAGGAAGAGAAAUCGGGAUCGAGAGCAACAGUGCCAAACCCAGUCCGAGGAAGUCUGGAGAUCUAGUCAGGAGGAUCCAGUACAUACGUACAGCCCUGAGUGUGUAUAGAGUGAAGAUGAUAUUCCAAAGAUUGACGACUUGAGUGCAUUCCGUUGGUCCUUGGGACGCUCAGGACCUUGCCUGGAACCCGAUCAAGAGUCUUUCAUACACCCCAAUCAGCCAAUUGGGUGGACCCGGGAAUAUGGCUCCCUCCAAUGGACUUGUUCAUCGAUGGAAGCGGCAAAGUGCCACUGAAGCCACAACCACGGCCUUAGAAACGAGCACUGAGAGCCUGAAACAGAAGUUUGACGAAGAAGUUCGAUAUGUGGCCACCAAGACCGGCCUUCAAAGGUGGCAUGUCAUCUUAGCUCUCCUACUUUUGGCAGCUGGAAUCGUCGGAUUUUGUGGUUGGUGCAUUUGGAGGUUCUUCAAGAAGAAACGGCCAAAGGACAAGAAGAAAAAGGAUGGACGCAUGGACCAGGAUGACGAGGACAUUUUGGUGGACAACAUUGAAGAGCACGAUGUCAGAGAGGAGACGGAAAAAGUCAGGGAUGCCAAAGAGUAUCUUGGAAAGCUCCAGUACAAACUCGAGUACGACUUCAACACCCAGACCUUAAAUGUGACGGUGAUCCAAUGCUCUGAGCUCCCUGCUUUAGACAUGGGUGGCACAUCAGAUCCCUAUGUCAAGGUGUAUUUGAUGCCGGAUAAGAAGAGAAAGUUUGAGACAAAGGUUCAUCGUAAAACUUUGUCACCCUUCUUCAACGAAACCUUUGCAUUUAAAAACGUUCCAUAUAGCGAAACAUUCGACAAAACGUUGGUGUUCGCAGUAUUUGAUUAUGACCGCUUCUCAAAACAUGACCAAAUUGGAGAGGUCAAGGUACCUCUUUGUAUGGUCGAUCUUGCGCAAACAAUAGAAGAAUGGAAGGAUCUCCAGUCUGUGAAAGUUGACGACCAGUAUCUGGGAGACAUCUGCUUCUCACUCCGAUAUGUCCCCACUUCGGGGAAACUGACUGUUGGGAUCUUGGAAUGCAAGAAUUUAAAGAAAAUGGAUAUCACUGGCGCCUCAGAUCCAUACGUGAAAAUCAAGCUUUUGGACAAUAAGGGAAAGCGGAUUGGAAAGAAGAAGAAAACCUCAGUUAAGAUGUGCAAUCUCAACCCAUAUUACAAUGAGUCCUUUGUGUUCAUUGUAGAGCAAGAAAUGCUAAGGAGGGUAAAUCUGGAGAUGGUAGUAGCAGAUUAUGAUAGAAUCGGAUCCUCAGACCCUAUUGGCAAGGUUCUCCUGGGAUACAAUCGGAAAAAUCUUGAACUCAAACACUGGAAAGAAAUGAUCGAAAACCCCAGACGACCAAUAGUUCAUUGGCAUGUUCUUCAGGAUCCAGAACCCGGAGACGAUGAUGACGAUGAAAAGAAGAAGGAAAAGAAGGACAAAGAGCGAAAGAAAGAAGGGGAAAAGAAAGAAGUGGCCCCUCCUUGAGAGCAAGAUCAUCGACUGGCACAAGCUUCCAACUACCAACUUUCAUUGGCUUUUUAACGUAGAUGCAGUGAAAAAACUACCCUCGGCCCCUUUGUUUUUCUAUUCGACACUUCCCUUCCUUCCUAACCCAACCCUACUUGGACUAAAUGACCCCUAAAUGAGAGAGAGGCCUAGUGAGGUACGUGAGCAUUCCAGCAUGUAGCCUCCUGGUGCUUUAGAUGUCCAUCAAAUCAUUGUAGAGCGGACUGGCCCAGAGGCUUUUGGGAUCUGCUCACAUUGACGAGUUGUCAAUCAGAUUCUUAAAUAUUCACCACCAGAUGAGAUGAAAAUCUGUUGGCGGGUAUUUAAGAACGCAAAUGACGAAGUCUACUUUACCUGACACGACCGAUCUAGAAAGAUUCUCUCUUUCUCUCUGUGCCCUCUCCCGCUUUAUUAGUCUUGAGGAACUGAAGCGAUCAAGUUGAGACUUUGGUGUCUACCAAAAUGCUGAACCAAACUUGAGACUUUACAUUGUAUUGCUUGAUCAGAUGCCUAGCUUUCAAAUUGUUUGCUUCGGGAGCUCAGAUUGAGGCGUUUGUAAAAGUUUCCACCCUGUUUUUGCCUAACCCCUUCCAAGACACCAGUCAACCCAACAUACUCAUGAAUUGUUGAUUCAUAAUAUAGUACCUAUCACACAAACACAGAUAUAGUUUUUCGUGUCCAGCAUCUUCAGUCCAAGAUCAUUUGUACUUUUGAAAUGUAUUUGUGGAAUUAUUAUAAUUGGAUGAAUAAAUGUUCUAUGUCUUCAAAGCAA